UACGAAACUAAAGAACUUCAACUUCCUGUAGCGGUCAAGUUGUCGGCACGUGUAAACAAAAGUAAAAUACCAAUUUAACAAUGUCUUUUAUUGAAGUUAGCCCUGACAGCGAUUUUCCGCUGCAGAACCUGCCUUAUGGCGUCUUUUCCACCGCAGAUAAUCCAACCCAUCGUAUAGGUGUUGCCAUUGGUAACCAGGUGUUGGACCUGAGUGUCAUCAGACACCUGUUCACCGGACCGAUCCUACAGAGCCAACAGGAUGUCUUUGCAGAGACCACCCUUAACUCCUUCAUGGGCCUGGGGCGGGCAGCCUGGCAGGAGGCUCGCUCGACCUUACAGCAGCUUCUGUCUGCUCAAGAACCGUUACUCUCCAACAACAAAGACCUUCGAGCUAGGGCGUUUGUGCCACAGUCAGAUGCAAUCAUGCACUUACCAGCAAAAAUAGGGGACUACACGGAUUUCUAUUCCUCCAAGAACCACGCCUACAAUGUCGGUUGUAUGUUCCGAGGACCAGACAACGCCCUCAUGCCUAACUGGACACACCUCCCGGUUGGUUACCAUGGCAGGGCCUCCUCAGUUGUCAUAUCUGGAACCCCCAUUAGACGCCCCAAUGGACAGACUAGGCCUGAUGAAUCUCAGCCACCAGUGUUUGGUCCUUGCAAAUUAUUUGACUUUGAGCUGGAGAUGGCAUUCCUAGUCGGCCCCGGCAACCAGCUGGGAGAGCCAAUCAGCAUGGACAAGGCAGAGGAUCACAUCUUUGGCAUGGUUCUGAUGAAUGACUGGAGUGCCCGUGACAUCCAGAAAUGGGAGUAUGUACCUUUAGGGCCCUUCCUUGGGAAGAACCUGGGAACCAGCAUUUCCCCAUGGGUGGUGACCAUGGAUGCCCUGAAACCCUUCGUGGUCCCUAAUGCCACCCAGGACCCCAAGCCCCUCCCCUAUCUGUAUCAUGAGGACCCAUACAACUUUGACAUUCAUCUAGAAGUAGCCAUUAAAGGUGAAGGAAUGCCAAAACCAGCAACUGUAUGCUGUAGUAAUUUCAAGUUCAUGUACUGGACAAUGAAGCAACAGUUGACCCAUCACACAGUGACCGGGUGUAAUGCUAACCCCGGGGAUCUAAUGGCCUCUGGUACUAUCAGUGGAGAGACGCCCGACUCGUAUGGCAGCAUGUUGGAGUUGUGUUGGAAAGGAACAAAGACGGUGGAUCUUGGGAACGGGGAGACCCGGAAAUUCCUGAAGGACGGAGACGAUGUCAUUUUCACAGGUUAUUGUGAGAAAGAUGGAGUUCGGAUUGGAUUUGGGUCAUGUACUGGACAAGUCUUACCCGCCCUUCCCAUGUCCUGAGAUUGACCACCAACAGCCAAUCACAGCGCUUGGCUCAUUUAUCUGUUGAACAAAGUAUUCAUAGUAUUCCAGCAUUGUUGUAUUAAAGUGUGUGUUAGAGAAUGGGGAUUUUUAAUAGUCACUGAUCAUUUGGAGGAGAGGGAAACUCAUUUUGUACAAGUGCAUAUAUGUUUGAUUAUAUGUUCAUGAAAAAAAAAUUAAUUAUUUGUACAAUGAAAUCUAUUGACUAUCUUUGUUUUUCAUGGGUAUGUGUUAGUGUAUAAUAAAUAUGAGUUUAAAAUUA